GGAAUGUCAUUACCACUCACCCUUCCAAAUCGUCGUCCGCCAUUUUGAACGAAAACGUAAGUUACUGGUCCAGCAGCAAAAUCCAGAGUAAAAGAGUACGUGAUAUAUGACAAGUGGAAAGGUCACCCACGUGCGUUUUUCAACAUGGCGGCUGAUUUGACAUACGAAGGUUGUAAUUUUUUCCGACAAAGACUUGUUUUGGCGACGCUUAGCGGUAAAUCGGUGAAAAUAAAAAACAUAAGAGCUGUUGAAGACGAUCCUGGGCUGAAAGACUUUGAAGCAAGUUUUAUACGGCUCCUGGACAAGGUAACAAACGGAUCACGAAUAGAAAUUAAUGAAACAGGUACAAUGCUGUUUUAUAAACCUGGCCUGUUAACUGGAGGAACCAUUGACCAUGACUGUAAUCCUCAAAGAUCCAUUGGUUAUUACCUAGAAGCAGUGGUGCUGCUGGCACCAUUUUGCAAGAAACCUAUCAGACUUACUCUGAAAGGAAUAACAAAUGACAGACAUGAUCCAACAGUUGACAUCAUUAAAACAGUUACGCUCCCUCUGGUAAAGAAGUUUGUGGUGGACGAUGAAGACUUAGAUUUAAAGAUUGUGAAAAGGGGAGCACCUCCAGAAGGAGGAGGGGAGGUGGUAUUCUCUUGUCCUGUGAGGAGAAACUUGCGGCCAUUACAAUUCACAGAUCCUGGCAAGAUAAAAAGAAUAAGAGGCCUUGCGUAUGCUAUGAGAGUUUCUCCAGCUAUUUGUAAUAGAGUGGUUGAUGCAGUCCGUGGUGUUUUGAACCAGUUUGUGUCCGAUAUCUACAUUUAUACAGAUCACUGCAAAGGAGGUCAAUCUGGAAAGUCACCAGGGUUUGGGAUCUCAUUAGUUGCAGAAUCAACAACUGGUGCCAUGCUAAGUGUUCAGACAUCAUCUACCCCAGUAGGGGAGGGUCAGCCAGUUGUCCCUGAGGAUCUUGGCAAACAGGCAGCUGAAAUGUUACUUGAAGAAAUUUACAAGGGAGGCUGUGUUGACUCUCGCCAUCAGAGUGUUGUUCUCCUUUACAUGAUUCUGGGACAAAGGGAUGUUUCUAAAAUUCUCACUGGUCCACUGACUCCAUAUACCAUUCAAUUUUUAAGGCAUCUAAAAGAAUUUUUUGGAGUGAUGUUCAAAAUACAAGCACAACAGAGUGAUGACGACAACAGUGUAGCAGGAGGAGAGAGUAAAAUCUUGCUAUCAUGUGUAGGGGCUGGAUACACGAACAUUAACAAGACUAUGGUGUAAACAAAAAAAAAAGCAGAGAAGUCAGGGAUAUUGAGACCUUGAUUCUGUGGGAAUUUAUUUAUUUUUUCAUAUUAUAGAGUGAAUGUAAACUUGUCUUCAUCUCAAAUAAACUCAUAUUGAGACAUGAAA